UAGCGAGCGUCGCUAUUGCCCCUCAGUUCCAAUCCAAUCACCUGGUCAUCCGCCAGAACCAAUUCCUCCAGACUUUGAAAAUCGGAACAAACACGCCUCAGUUGCCCUAGCAUGCAACUGGGCGACUAAGGAAGCUCUAGCAUGGUUGGGCGGCAGGAGGUGUAUAUGGGAAACAUUCUGUUUUGCGAAUAUUUGUGCAGCAAGCGCAACCCUCCCUUUCUGAACAGAAGCCUGGCCCGCUCUUUGCAGCUGAACCAACGGGAGUUGGAGCAGGCUCCUCCAGACCGGGACUCAAGAUCCGAUUUCGAAAUCAAUCGAGCAGAUUGGAAAAUGCCAGACGAAGAAAACCUCGACGCCAUGGUUGCAAAUCAAGAAAGCAACAGAUCACUUAUUGUUCACAUCAACGGCAUCGAGCCACUGAAGCCAGACAAGAGAUCACAGGGAAUACCAUCAAAGAAGAAGGCUGUUCUCUUCCGACUGGUUGUUGAGGUACACAUCACAAUCUUCGAUCCCGACCGUAACGAUCCUUGCUACAGGAUAUCGAACACGGAAGUCGCCAUGCUUGCCAUGCAGACCGAAAACGGAAGGGACAUAAAACUCGCCAUGCCAAAGAGCGUCAUCAAGCUCAAGGACCUGUUGCGAUCAAACGGUCUAGGAGAGGAACCAUCGAGGAGGCUGUCAAGACCAAAACCGUGGAACCUGCUCAUAGCCAUUAAUUUCGGCGGACAAAAGGAUGCCGAGCAAUUCUUUGCGAACAUGGCUCCAUCUCACCCGUCCUUCCAGCAGAACGCGCCAAGCCGUAUGGUUAUGCGAUGGAUAGACAUACUGAAAUGUCCAGGAGUGAACACAGUACAGCCACUAAUAGUAAGAGAUGAACAGCUCGAUUUUGGUCUAAAAAUGAGCUUGUACUGGACACCGCCAAAGGAUGAGUCUGUCCUUGCCAUGCACAACCGGCAGCUUAAAUCUUCAGUCCGCGCUGCACAGUAUCCAACACCUCCGCUAGAACCUGGGCCUAGCGGGCACAACUUCGAGAUUACCUUUGUAUAUCAAGACACAUCCUUCACACGUGAAGGGUUAGUUUGUCCGCACUGCAGCCGCAGUGGUUUCUAUGAGCUAGAUGCUCUUCGCAUGCAUCUGGAGGCCUGGCACGAUAUGUUCAAGUACAGGGUUAAGAAAGAGAGGGAAGAGGGAGGUAUCCAAUUUUGGAAAUUCAGUUGCGAUGUAGCGGACCACAAGGCAGACCAGCAGCGAGCCAGUGAUCGGGCACCCGAUCCAAGAGAGAUUCAGAUGCUAGCGCCAAAGAACCCGUUCGAUCGACAAAGAUAUCUCGAAGGAAACAAAGACUUUCAGAAAGCGGCUCGCUUGGAGAAGAUCUACAGACCUGCUGCUCUACAGAGAUCUACCACCGCUCAAUUGAGAGAGAAGAUCAAACCGCGAAAUCCGGACGAGGUCCAAGAACGGCCCAGAGUGCAGGGAAGAAAAACAUACAAGGUUCCCAAAGCUCCCACCAGUAUCACAUUCUUCCGCUCAAUUACGAAGCGGCCUUUGCAAGAGGGAGAAGAGAUCAGUGAGAGUGAUGACGAGGUUGAUAUGGACUGGGUCCGUCUCAAGAAAGAGGCCCACAUGGACCUUGAUUCAGGUAUACCAGAACCAACCAAACGAUUCCUAAAGGCUUUCGAUUCCUUCCUCAUAGAUGAGCGGCUACAAGGUGAUAUUCACGCCGCCGAUGCUCUGAUACGCUUUGCAAGAGCGAAGGCGAACUGGCUGCAGCAGCAGAAGCUUCUGGAUGAGUUCCAGACAAAAGCCGAUGAGCUGCUCGGCGACAAAAUCAUCACGGAAGAAGUCCACAGAGCAUCUCUGGAUAUUGUCAAUAAGGAGCUGGAUAUCCUGUCUGAGCAGCUCGCAGGCCUCGAUGCCAGAAUGAACAGAUGCCCCAACCCGAGUCUCACAACAAAGGACAAGGGCAAAGGAAAGGCAAAAGUAACUGCCACGGGGAUCAUGACCCCGCAAACAGCCGACUCGGAUGGCGACGUCGAGAUGCAGGACGUGCCAGCUAAUACAAAACCCUUGGAACCUCCCUAUGAUCAAUGCUUGUGCGGAGAGGAUGCCCUGGCUGCAUCAAUCACUAGCAGGAUCAUCGUCUGCGAAAACAUCAACUGUAUCCGCUCUGCCUUUCAUAUUGACUGCAUAUUGAAGCAUUGGAGCAACGCACCUGAUCCAAAGACUCACACCUGGAUCUGCAACGACUGCGAAAACGACCAGCAGGCUACAGACGCGGAUAGCCAGCUGCCCUACUCAUCGACAGCAGCAGCUCCUGGGCAGAAUUCAGGACCCUAACCGUCGUAAUGUGGAAUUUGGUAGUGGAUUAGGGUUAGGGUUAGGUUUAAUGCCAAGACUGCGGCUUAGUAAGAGAGACGGUAAUCUUGAUAUUUCAUUGCAUGCUCUGGGGUUCAUGCAUUUCAUACAUUGCGUACUAGAACGGCGUUCGUUUGAGAAUGCAGACUUGUACGAGUAGCAUUUAU